UGUCACAGCACCGAACCACUGAAGGAGAAAAACAGAACCUUUCAAAUAAUGAUGCCCUACAAUGUCCCUGUGAAGAUCUAUGAUUUUAAUUUUGGGGGAGAAUUCACUGACUACGACAAUGACACCACCACAAGAUCCUAUGAGGACUACUUUUGCCCUGAUACACAGUCGUCACUGGCUGGUGAUCCCCCACACCCUUUUGAAAAGAUCUUUGUGCCCGUAAUCUACGUGCUGAUAUUCCUUCUGGGAGCCUUGGGCAAUGCCCUAGUGUUGAUCAUCCUGGAGCGUUACAAGCGUGCCCGCACUACCACCGAGAACUUCCUCUUUCAUCUAACCCUGGCCAAUCUGGUGCUAGUGCUCACCUUGCCUUUUGGCGUGGCCGAGAGCUUGACUGGUUGGAUCUUCGGCACUUUCCUUUGCAAAGUCCUCAGUGCUAUCCACAAGAUCAACUUCUACUGCAGCAGCAUGCUCCUGGGCUGCAUCAGUGUGGACCGCUACCUGGCCAUAGUGUAUGCUAUCCAUACCUACAGGAAUCGCAGAGUCAGGUCUAUCCACCUCACCUGCAUGGCCAUUUGGUUCAUCUCCCUGGUGCUGACCUUGCCUGAUCUAGUGCUAAUGGAAGUCUGGUUAUACAAUAAUCAAACUGUGUGCAGCUUACAGCAAGCUGGGAUUCAUGGCAGCAACAUGUGGCUGGCAACCCGCUUCCUGUAUCACAUUGUGGGUUUCUUAAUGCCCCUGCUGGUCAUGUGCUACUGCUAUUCAGCCAUUGUGAGGGCCCUAUGCCAGUCCCAGCGACUGCAAAGGCAGAAGGCUGUAAGAGUGGCUAUUCUGGUCACAGGAGUGUUCUUACUCUGUUGGAGCCCUUAUCAUGUUGUCAUCUUUUUGGACACACUAGACAAGCUGGAAAUCAUACCAAACAACUGUGGCUUGGCAGACCGUCUGAGCAUGAGCAUCAUAGUGACAGAAGUGUUAGGCUUCACGCAUUGCUGUCUCAACCCUGUCCUCUAUGCCUUUGUCGGAGUCAAGUUCCGCAAUGACUUCUUCCGGAUCCUCCGGGACCUGGGCUGCAUAAGCCAAGAGACUCUGCAGGAGAUCCUUGAUGUGACAAGGAAGAGCAGUGGGAUCGAAUCGGACACCAUCACUUCUGUCAGCACCUUCUAGUGGGGAAAGAACUGGGCAUGAGGCAGAGAUAGUUCCUGGCCAGCAUCAUAUCAAGUGCCCUUGGCUCAGGAUCCAACUCUGCCCCACAGUAUCAUCCCUACCACUUCCCUCCUCUCCGUAACAAGAGUUCUGAAGGCCACCAUUCAAAGAGCAAGUUCUUGCCAACUGCUAUCACAUAGUUACUCCCUGUGCUAAGUAUAUGGAGAAGUGGUUUGCAGUUGCCCUGGGCAAACACUGACUUUACGUAGCUACCAUUGCAAAGGGGCUGGAGCCUGGGACCCUAGUAAGUUGAUUCUGAUACUGCACCCUCCCCACUGGAGGAGCCGAUUAUGGGAGCCUCAUGUGUUAAACCGACAAGAAAACUAGGCCCUUAGAGAGUGAUAUAUAGGAGACUCUAAAAGACAGCGAGAUUUGUCAGAGAAAUGAAAGAGCGCAAUUUCAUCUGUGCCAUUUCUCAAAGUGCUCAGAAGAAAUAUAGCCUGAUUGCCUUUACUGAACUACAGGUCUGAGUUUAAUGAAAGUUAUGUAAAAGAUGAAGACUAUUAGAGUAUGUCGCAGUUACUCAGAUACGUAGCUGCAUGGUACUUACCAUUCUGCUCCAUCCAAAGGACUGGACACUGCUCUGACUGCACCACAGAAUCUGGAAGAAGAAGAGGCCUGUAAGGCAGCCAGCUCAUUUCCUCCUACCAGUGUGGAAGUGUCUCCUGUUGCAUCUUUCCUGGGGCUUUGGUCAGGUUGGGAGCCUCCAUCCCAAGUGGUGGCAUUUCUGUGACCCACAUUGGGAGACUCUUCCACAGGCCUAAAAACUUUAAUGUCAGGCUUUCCUGCCCAUCAGGUGAAUAGUCUCUGAGCAGGCCCUGCCACUCAACAUUGGCACAGACCCUCUCCUGUGUUGAUUUCUGGGAAAAAGUGGGGCAACAAGGCUGCAUAGAAUCGUAGAAUACUAGGAUUGGAAGGGACCUCGAGAGGUCACUGA